UUUAGGGAGGUUGUAAUUUUUAUUGACACAUUCAAGUAGCUUUUAUGCUAGUUUCAAUGAAGUUUUUCUACGCAAUUGGUUUUGUUUAUUAAUUAGUUAAUUUUCAGCAAUGAUACUUCAGAAAUAGACAUUUGUGUUCAUUUGUAACCCUUUGUUUGGACGUAAAUAUCAACAUUGACCAUCAUCAUGAGUGCUGUUGCUCAAAUGCAAAGUGGCUUAAGCAAACUGAAAAAGAAACAUAUUAGGGUAAAACAUCAGAAAGUAAAAUUAUUUCGUGCCAAUGAACCCAUUCUUUCCGUUUUUAUGUGGGGCGUCAAUCAUACGAUAAACGAGCUUAGUCAUGUGACAAUACCCGUCAUGUUGCUGCCUGAUGACUUCAAAUCAUAUUCAAAAUUAAAAGUAGAUAACCAUCUUUUCAAUAAGGAAAACAUGCCAAGUCAUUUUAAAAUUAAAGAAUACUGUCCAUUAGUUUUUCGUAAUCUUAGAGAAAGGUUUAGAAUUGAUGAUCAGGACUAUAAAGAAUCCAUGACAAGGUCUCAACCGGUUCUGGUGGAUUCCCCGGGCAAGUCUGGUGCCAACUUCUACCAAUCAUAUGAUCGGUUAUUCAUUGUCAAGACUUUAACCAGCGAAGAAGUGGAAAGAAUGCACUCGUUUCUCAAACAGUAUCACCCUUACAUAGUGGAAAGGCACGGCAAAACACUAUUGCCGCAAUACUUAGGAAUGUAUCGACUGACUGUAGAUGGAGUAGAACACUAUAUGGUGGUCAUGAGGAAUGUAUUUAGUAAUCACUAAACACAUAAGAAAUUCGACUUGAAAGGCUCGACUGUAGAUAGAGAGGCCUCGGACAGGGAGAAAGAGAAGAACCUGCCUACUUUCAAAGACAACGACUUUGUCAAGGAAGACAAAAUAUACAUUGGAGACGAUGCCAAGGACAAACUGCUCGAUACGCUUACUGCUGACGUUGGCUUCCUGACGAAGCUGCACCUGAUGGACUACUCGCUGCUGCUGGGCAUCCACGACUGCGUGAAGGCGGAGGCGGAAGGCGGCGACCUGGGCGACCUGGACGACAUCGGGGGCGGUGACAUGGACGAGGACGAAGACAGCGAGGGAGGCGGCGGUGCGGGGGCCGACAAAUUGCCGUGGGGCAGCACACCACCCGACUCGCCCCACCAGCUGCUCAGGGAGACCAGUCUGCAGUACGAGGGCGGCAUUGUGCCCGAGCUCGAUAUCUACGCUAUUCCCAGUUCUGAGAAUGCGCCAGUAAAGGAGAUCUACUUCCUGGCACUGAUCGACGUGCUGACUCACUACGGCGUGAAGAAGCAGGCGGCCAAGGCUGCCAAAACGGUCAAGUACGGCUCCAACGUGGACGGCAUCUCCACCUGCGACCCCGAGCAGUACGGCAAACGGUUCAUAGAGUUUGUUAGCAAGGCCAUUGAAUAG